GUCUUGUUGGAGAGAUUCAGGCGACUCGGCCGGUUACAGUAGCGACUGUAUUGCGGAAAUAGGAAUAAGCCGGACUAUGGCAGAAUAAGAAUAAAGCCAAGAAUUAGCCAUUGCUGAAAAAGGCCGACAAUGAGGUUUAAUCUAAGCGAAAGAAAUCCAGAUUAAGAUAAUUUCCCAAUUGCAAUUGUGCUGUCAACGAAUCGACGUAACAGGCGAUGACGUUCAGGGAACACCUCCGUUACUACUUCACGAUUUGCCUAACGGUGUGGCUGGUCUUAGCUAUUCAACUCGACUUUCUAGCUGUCGAAAGAGACCUCAACGACUUCCAGAUCGACGAAAUUGAGAAGCCUCACGGAUAUUUGAAGGCCAGGAACCUUCUGUUCGUGAGGAGCAACGGGAGAUCCUAUGAGGAAGGGCGGCUGGACGGUUUAAACGGAGACUUCGAAAAAGCUGAGACUACAAACGGAUCGGAGGGGACCUUAGAUGCGGAACACCGUAGCAUUUACGGGCCUGGUGGCCCAACAAGGCAGAAGAUAACACCUGUUUUCGGUGAAGCGGUGGAACACGACAUCAGUAUAACACAAGCCAAUGAACUUUUCGACAGCAACCGACGCGGGAGUCUCCAGCAACCAAAGUCACGGAAAACUAAAUUCAACGAUCGCCCCGACGGCAACAAUAUCUCACACAGAGAUCAAGGAUCAUUCAAAAUCGGCUCCCAAACCCACCCGGUCCUCCAAGGACGUUGAAAUUGAAGAGGAAAUCAAGCGGAUUAAGAAGAACGUCCAAGAAAUUAACAAUCGGCAACUAAUACGAAACGAGAAUGUCUUCGGCCCCGUCGGGAACGAUACGCGUAUCUUCAUCGUCCAGGUUCACAGGCGACUCGAAAACCUGAGGUACCUGGUGGAGAGCCUAGGGAAAGUGAAAGGAAUCAACGAGUCCCUGGUCAUCCUAAGUCACGACUUUUGGGACCCGACGAUCAACGACUUCGUGGGCAGCAUCACCUCCUUCAGAGUCCUUCAGAUGUUCUUCCCGUUUUCUGUGCAACUUUAUCCUAACACGUUCCCGGGAAGAGGUCCCCAGGAUUGUGAGAGGAACGCCAAAGGGAAGAACCGGGGAUGUUACAACUCCGCGUGGCCAGACACUUACGGUCAUUACAGGGAAGAACGAUUCACGCAGAUCAAACACCACUGGUGGUGGAAAAUACACAGAGUCUUUGAAGACCUGCAGAUAAGUAAACAGUGGGACGGAUGGAUAAUCUUUCUCGAAGAAGAUCAUUUCGUUGCGCCGGACAUCUUGUACGUACUGAACGCUUUGGUGACAAGUAGAACCAGCUUGUGUUUCCAUUGUCGUGUCAUUUGUCUCGGAAACUACAAGCCAAAACUUAGCUCCGGUGUGAACAUGGUCGGUAUAGGCGACUGGGUUGUGACGAAGCAGAACAUGGGCUUCGCCAUGGACAGGUCCGCGUGGAACAGCAUCAAAGCCUGCGGCGAGAUCUUCUGCGUCUUCGACGACUACAACUGGGACUGGACGAUGAACAGGCUCGUCCAGACUUGCUGCUUUCCCAAGCUCACAGCCAUGUUUGUAGACGUCACCAGGGUCGUCCACGUUGGCAGUUGCGGCACUCACAUCAAGGAAGCCCGCUGUGACGUCUCCAAAGCAGUGAUGAGAGCCAAGGCUUUAUUCUGGGCCAACCGCCACUUUCUGUUCCCGAAGUCCUUCGCUCGACUGCCCUUCUCCAUGAAGCUCCCGCCUUUCAAGAGGCCCAACGGCGGUUGGGGGGACCUGCGUGAUCGCCAGCUCUGCAAAGCCAUUGGGAACGGCACGGCUAGCGAGGAUACUCUCCUAAGGCUGCGGUUCAAUCCUAGACCAGGGAGAAUCCUGCAGCAGUCCAGAGAAGGAAGAUGAUGAAGAAGAGAUAGUUAGGUUAGGUUGUUCAGUUCAUAAAAACGAA